UGUUGUACAAUGUCAUAAAAACAAUUCAGUUUGAAAGAAGAAAAUACAUGCUGAGUGAACAAACUGUCUACUUCUAAUUCUACUGGGGUGAACAAUUUAUUUUGUGAACACUGUACUUACUUGGACAGGAAACCUGCAGUAGUUGUCGUCUCCUUUAUCGAUUUGUGAACUAAUAUACAUUGGGAGGUGGAAGAGGGAGCGAGAGAGAGUAAGACAGAUGGCCAGUCCGAACGAGAGCGAGCUGUCCAACCCGCCUCAGGACACGAUCUCUGCAGUUCAUUUCUCAGCCAAUGGACACUUUCUGCUCGUCUCGUCAUGGGAUUCGGUGGUACGACUUUAUGAUGCAAAGGCUAACACACUACAAGGCCAGUAUAGGCACCCAAUGGGUGUUCUAGACUGCUGCUUUGCUGAUGUCGGCUUUUGCUACAGUGGUGGCUUGGACUCUACAGUCAGAGGGUUCGAUUUUAACACUAACACAGAUGUCACCCUUGGGCAGCAUGAUGACACAAUCAAAUGUAUAAAGUACUGCAAUGAACUCGGUGUGCUUCUAACUGGUAGCUGGGAUAAAACCAUUCAGAUCUGGGACCCACGGCAAAGGCAACGUGUCUCAGUUGUCCAGCAACCUGACAAGGUCUAUGCAAUGGGACUGAGCGGAGAAAGUCUAGUUGUGGGAACAGCCAAUCGUCGUGUGUGGAUCUGGGACUUGAGAAAUAUGAGCUAUGCACAACAGCGACGAGAGAGCAGUUUGAAGUUUCAGACGCGCUGUUUGGAGACAUUCCCCAACAAGCAAGGAUACGCGCUGGGUUCCAUUGAAGGCCGUGUUGCGAUCGAGUACAUGGACCCGUCCCCUGAAGUACAGAAGCAGCGCUAUGCAUUCAAGUGUCACCGAGUGAAGGAUGCCACCAACAACACAGAGUUCAUCUACCCCCUACAUUCCAUUGCAUUCCACGAAGAGUACAACACGUUUGCAACAGGCGGUGGUGAUGGAUUCGUCAACAUCUGGGAUGGAUUCAACAAGAAGCGCCUCUGCCAGUUCCACAAGUACCCUUCCAGCAUCAGUGCUCUGUCGUUCAGUAACGAUGGCUCUCUGCUAGCCAUUGCAUCAUCAUACAUGCGUGAGGAUGGUGAAAAGAGCCACCCGGGUGAUUCGAUAUUCAUCCGAAAAGUAGCAGACAACGAGGUAAAGCCUAACACUAAGCCAAAGUGAGACUCACUCCUCCGCUGUGUUUCCUGCUGGUUCGCCGCUGCGGACUAUGUAUACAUGGCUUCUGUGAACGUAUCCAAACUGGUCGUUGUUGUUUGUGUGCGUGCGUGUGCAAGUAGCGCAGACGUACGGCUGGCCUCGCUCACGCUCUUUCCGCCACUUGAGGACACCGGGUGCAUGUGCUACUGCGGCGGAUGGCCUCGCAGCCAACAGGCUAGUGUUUGAGUUUUCCUCGCACUCUGCACCGGGGUUGAGGCUACAUGCGUCCUUAUAUAUACACACACACCCAGCUUUCAUGAAUCCUCUCCUCUCCUACUCUUUCUCUACCCAUCUCUUUCAAAUUCACCAGAUUAAAAAAUCCAACUCAUGAAAUCCUUUUUUUGUGUUUCUUUUUGAGUCAAUUUUGACGCUUGGCUUUGUCAAUGUCUGUACUUCGGAAGUCUCGUUUUGUACAUAGACCUGUAAUUGUAUCCUCAUGCUAUCCUAACUCCUGUGCAUGGUCAAUGAGGUAUGUGAGGCCAGGUGAUAUGCAUGUUGUUGAUUUGCUCAUGCACUCUGCUGAUCUGCUUGACUUGUCGUGUGCAAGUAACAAGACUACAUAAUGGUUGUGUA